AUGGGCACCCGACCUCCUCGGCUCGAUCCUAAUAGGCCUAUGGAUGAGGAGAGGCUUCCGUUCUACAGACCAAAGCAAUUCUACCUAUACAAGGUCUUAGGAAAGCUUGGAUACGGGUCUUACUCAACCGUAUGGCUGUGUCAUGACAAGAGCAACUGUGACUAUGUCGCUGUCAAGGUCUUGACAACCAGUCGAUCGGGAAAGGCCUUGUCUAGUGAGAUCAAUGCUUAUGAACACCUAAGCAGGCUGGACUCGUCACAUAUUGGAGGUGCCUAUAUUCGUGCUAGAUCUUGCAAGUUCAGCGAGCCUCUUCUAAAGGAAACACUGAUUUGUAUCUUACAGGCCCUCGACUUUCUCCACCGGGAGGCAAAUGUUGUUCACUCAGAUAUCAAGGCUUCGAAUAUUAUGCUCAAUAUUGACGAUGCAUCAAUCCUAGAGGAGUUUGAAAAGGCUGAACAAGAGAAUCCCAGCCCGCGAAAGGUCGUGGAUAGCAACCGGACGAUAUACAAAUCACGGAAGCUUUCCUCGCCCAGAGAUGGUCUAUGGGGCCCACCAGUAUUAUCCCCUGAGGUGCUUUUUGACAUGAAGUGGAGUUUCAGCGCUGACAUUUGGAACCUUGGUGUCAUGAUCUGGGAUAUCUUCGAAAACAAGCAUAUGUUCAAUGCGCUCGACGAGGACGGGGAAUACUCACCUUCCCACCAUGUGGCUGAAAUGGUAGCAUACCUUGGUCUGCCACCACUUCACUUUCUCCAGCGCAGUCAAGGGGCUCGCCAUGUUUUUGACGAGGAUGGUAAAUGGUUGGGUGCGGGUGGUGUCUCUAUCCCGUCGACGUCGUUAGAGGAAUCGGAGGAAAAUCUGAGCGGACAGAACAAGCAGGCUUUCCUACGAUUUAUACGGUCAAUGCUGCAAUGGGUUCCAGAGGAGAGGAAGACGGCAAAAGAGCUAUUGGACGAUCCGUGGUUAAAUGCUCCGUGAAAUCUUACUGAACCUAUCAUUCAUGUGUAUCCCGGGACUCUAGAGGAUCGAAGACACGCGAAAGGAGUCAAAAUCGCGGCCGAGGAAAUAUAACAUGACUCAGCUCAUGAGAUCUAAGUAAGCUUGCUUGACCAAAUUCAUUAUUGCCAUGCACUAUCGAUCUAGGCACGUCCGACCGGCAGGUGUGAAGGAAUUAUUGGGCCCUCGGGUCCGCUUCCGUCAAAUGCCAUGACAGGAGCUUAGAAAACAUUCCAUGAUGGCCCAUGUGAAUGUUCCAAUUGUUCCAAUUGCGCUCAAACUAUCGAACUUGCACUGCUGUGGGACUUCGGAUCGGAAUCUCUUUUUAAGUGGUUACAUCUACUUUGCCCGAUGGCCGCUAUGGCGUGGCAUAACCGUACCAGCUGAUGUGAAAGUAUUUCUCGACCGC